AUGCACAUCCGGGUGCACUGGAGUGUUUUUGUUGCUGUUCAUCCUCUGUUCCAGAAAGCUCUACCCCAGACGUGCAGAGGCUCUGUACACGAUGUUGAUGUUAAACUCAUUCGUGAAACACUCGUUUCCGUUUCAUUUGUCCUUCCCAAAAUCGACCUAAACUACGAUCUCGAGAAUCCUAGGCAUAGUGCCAUUUCAACGGCCCUAGUCCCUUUGUUAGAAUUUCUAGAAACUCUUGUCAAAGAAGAGGUGCUAGAAAUGAAACAUAAGGCUGCGAUCUCUGAAGAGGAGUCAGAUUUGUUUGCCAAAUACCCGAAACUAGCCAUUCUGAGGAGCAUGGUGAGGUGCUCAGAAUCCAAUAUGCCAUUGACGACACGACUUGAAACGUAUAUCAACUAUAUCGAUCCCGAAAAUUCCGGACAGAACGACCUUCCCCAAGUGGCAGCGAUGAUGAACAAUCUCAAGGACAAAUUCUUGAGCGAAUCGCUUGAAGCUCUGAAGGCGAAACUGGCGGAUGCUGGUAACCUCAAAGAACAUGAAAUACGUUUCAUCGAAAGAGCAGGCCGUCUGAACUCGACUACCCCCCCUGAAAAAUGCAGCCCUCCUCUCAAAUAUACCCUCCGCACUGGUCAGCAAUACGGGGCAGCCAACCCCAAAACUAUGCACCUAGCAUUCAGCAAUGACCAUUUGUCGAACGGCGAGAGGUUUAAGCCAUCGAUAUGGCAAGGUCCAGACUUGGAUUCCAUUCCAACACUUUACGAUUUAUUGCAUCCAAAAAGAAACGAUGAUGAUGAUACCUUGACCUCUAAGGCGGACAGUUUUGUGCAUGAGGAUCAAAAAUUUGUCGAGUUUCUUAUUGCAUACUCGUUGCUCAACCUGGAUGCCAGCGCAUGGCUGGGUACCGACUUGGAUGUCCAGAAUAUCUUUAUUCUUGCUACACCGAAUCUCGAUAGACGGUGGAAGCCACACGUUGUGUGUAGCCUCAAAAACGAAGUCCUUUCCGAUAAGACCUACGAUGUUAUUUCAUCUUUUGGUAUCCUUCUCAUGGAGAUUGAAGCAAAGCGGUCUGCAGGUCUAGGAGCCAGGAACAAUGGAUGGGAGACAAAUCUCUCUCCCAAGGACGCUAUGUUAAACAGGAUUGUGCAAGAUUGGGGCCGCGAAGUUGAUAACAGAUAUAUAAAUGUUGCUACUGCAUGUUUACGAUUUCGAGAGCUGUCAGAGACCUUCUACGAUCCACUCUUGCCCGAACGCAUGAACGACAUUGGAACGUUCUACAAGUACAUUCUAGCACCAUUGUAUCGACUUGUUACACAGCAGCAUGACAAGAUCUCUCUACUUUGUUUAAGGAAUUUCCUGACACCCUCCAUGCAUCCCUCGUCGCCGGGCAGAGCAUCUCCAACCAAUCCACUUCACUUCUAUUUGACGACUGCGACAAACACGACGAUAGGUGUGGCUCUAGAUAUCAAAAACGCAGAAACUUUCAUGGAGGCGAUUAAGUUUUUCGGCACCAUAAUUAAGAAAGCAAGAAAUUCCUCAGAUUCUCGGAGGAAGAAGAUACGGAUAGCAGUGAUUGAUACUGGCAUCGACGACGAAGACGAUAUCUUGAUCAAAGGCGCCCGAGACUCCGGUCGCAUCACAAAUUGCCGCGGAUUUACCACCGGUAACAACGGCGAUUACAAAGAUGUCAAUGGUCACGGCACGCAUGUUGCAAGGCUAAUAUUACAAGUGGCCCCAGAGGCGGAGAUUGUUAUUGCCAAGGUAUCUGACGGUUCAACCAUGAAACCAUCAGAGUAUCGUCGCAUAGCACAUGCCAUAACAUGGGCUCAUAGGGAGAUGAAUGCGAACAUCAUCUCGAUGUCUUUCGGCAUCGAGUAUGACAGCGAAGUCGAUGAGGCUAUCCAUGCGGCAUACAAAGAUGACAUCGCCAUGUUUGCCGCUGCCUCAAACAGUGGUGGCAACAGAGACCGACCGUAUCCAUCCAACAGGUCUAACGGUGUGAUAUGCGUUCAUGCCAGCGAUGGCCUUGGAAACAAUGGUGGAAUUAGCCCAUCGCCCGAAAGAAAGUUGCAUAACUUCUCCACCCUGGGCAUCUCCGUCCCAUCGAAGUGGAAAGGGAACGACGUGCUGAAAUCGGGCACUUCGUUUGCAACUCCGAUUGCGGCAGCUCUAGUAGCAAAUGUACUCGAGUUUUCCAGUCAUAUAUGUAAUCCUACCGAGAAGCAGAAGAGCCGUCUAUGCGCGUUUACUGGCGCUCGUGACAUUCUACGUCUCAUGGCCAAGGAAAGACAGGAAUACGAUUAUGUUUAUCCUUUCCAUAUAAACUGGGAUGAGAAGGAGCAAGAGGAUAUUGUGAGAAAGUUGUAUAAGAUUGCUCGCGGCCAACCAAUAUAA